AAAUACAUUCAGUCACAUUUAAAAGAUUUUAACUUGAAGACCAAAUUUUAAGAAUAUCUAAAUUUCAGAGAAGUUAAAUUUUAAGUGCAAUUUUAUAAAAUUCUUAAAUUUCUAUCCCCCGAAACGGUUUGUAUCAACCAUGGAUGACUAUGAUUUCAGUAGCCCACCCCCGGAGGUGCGAACCAUCCAUACGCACACCCUGGACGAGGAGCAGCUCAAGGAUUGUGAGGCUGCCUUCGCCCUUUUCGACGACGAGAACACCAAGGUCAUCCCGAUCAAGUUACUGAGGGAUUGCCUGCGAGCCGUGGCCCACACCCCGCCGGAGAAUGAGCUGCAGGACUACAUCGCCGAAAUCGAUACUGAUGGAUCGGGCGAACUGUAUCUCAGCGAUUUCCUCUGGAUCAUGUCAAGGCGGUACGAGAACUCGUCCCCCGAGGAUGAGGUUAUCCUGGCCUUCAAGGUCUUCGACAAGGAUGGAUCUGGUUUCAUACACGAGACGGAGUUCCGCCAGAUCAUGACCGACUUGGGCGAAGACAUGGACGAGGAUGAGAUUGAGGAAAUGAUUCGGGAUGCAGACGCCAAUACGGAACUGAAAAUUGACUACGUUCGAUUUGUGACCAUGAUGAUGGAGACGUAGGUGUUUUAUGGAACGAACUGGCAAAUGGAUUUGAAUUCUUUCAAACUACAUAGAAAUCUAUAUUAUGAUUUUAAUAACAUAACAAAAAUGUUUUUAAAAUUCAUGAUCACCUGGAAUUUGGACUUGGAAAUAUCGGAUUAAGCAUUAUACUUUCCCUGAAUAAUUCUUUAAAUUUGUAAAUCAAUUUUGUAUUAAAAACAAUGAGUGUAAAAUAAAAAACUGUACCCCUUGA